AUGACAGUCUGGUGUGACCUGGAGCACAAAGACCGCAAAGUGUCCGUGAACACUAACUGCGACACAAGACUCGAUACAUUCAACUACAACAACGAGUCCGUCAUAUAUGAUUACGAUCAGUACUACAAUGGAAAUGACAGUGAUGUGGCUCCUUGCAACAAUAAAGACCUGAGAGAUUUUGGCAAGGUGUUUCUGCCCGUCCUGUACGCUUCAGUUUUCAUCACUGGAUUCCUUGGUAAUGGCCUAGUGGUAUGUGUCCUAUUGAGACACCGCAACCAGGCAACCCUGACAGACAUCUGCCUUUUCAACCUGGCUCUCUCUGACCUCGUCUUUGUCUUCACAUUGCCUUUCUAUGCUCACUAUGCUGUGGUCGGCAGUUGGACUUUCAUGGACUUUUUAUGCCAUUUCAUCAGUGGCUCCCACAGCGUCGGAUUCUUCAGCAGCAUUUUCUCCAUGGUUGUCAUGACUCUGGACCGCUAUUUGACCAUCGUACACUGGCGCAAGAUUAUUAAAUACCGCACUGUGAAGCUGGGCAUUGCUCUGUCCAUGGUUAUCUGGAUUUUCAGUGUUUGCAUCUCCCUACCAACUUAUGUGUUUACAACGGUGAAAAAUGAGUCCAACCAUCUGAGUUGUACUUACGACCCAGAAAACAAAGCCUGGAAUGUGUUCAAUGUCUUUGCAACAAAUAUUGUGGGGCUUGUGUUUCCCUUGUUGGUGUUGGUUGUGUGCUAUUCCAGGAUCAUCCCCGCAGUGCUCAAGAUAAGGAGUACAAAGAAGUAUCGUAUUGUCAAAGUGACCAUCUCCAUUGUGGUUGUUUUUUUUCUGUUCUGGGCCCCACACAACAUUUCCUUUUUCUUGAGGUUUCUGCAGCAUGAAAAUGUAAUCGGGUUAGAUGAUUGCGAUUCUGACGCAAAUUUAAAGCUAUCAAUAACAGUGACUGAGACCAUUGCUAUGACUCACUGCUGCCUGAAUCCCAUCAUAUACGCCUUUGUGGGACAGAAGUUCAUGAAGCAUGUUAAACAGUUGUUGAGGAAAUGGUUGCCUGGGAUACCAUUUCUCUCCACCGCAGAUUUGUCAGAUAGCAUAUUCCGGAAAAGCUCAGUUAUGUCCAGGUCUUCUGACAUUACCAAUUUUAGUCAGAUAGAUGACAAAAGUGUGAUGUAAUAUGCUUUCUGAACAUUUCCUGUAGUGUUCUGACUUAGAUCAGCUGUGUCACAUCUAUAAAACCUGCUUGUACAUAUAAGCCUUUACUUAUUAAUUUGCUCUUGAAACUGGAAUAUAGUGUUUUCUCAGCAUCUCAUCUUAUUUUCUAACCACUAUGCAUAGGUAUUGCCUUUCCAUUGCUUGGUGUGACAUAAGAAGGAAUAUGGCUGCAGUUUAAUUUGUACCUCUUGACUGAAACUGUAAACAACAGCCUAACCACAAAGUCUGUUGUGCUAAAGCUGUGUCUGAUAGGUUAAAACUUUUCUGCUUUUCUUUUCCCCUUUUUUACACGUUUGUUGAUGAGUUUGCAAGUCGAUAGACAAGAAUAGACAGUUAUGCUACAUGGAAAAAAAAAACAUCAUUAAAAAGGAAGUUAAGUGGCUAUUUUUACUACAUGUAACUUUCCUUUGUGGAAAGACUUUUUCAUUCAGAUGUUUGUUGACGAAUCAAAGCUGUAAACUAACUCUUGCACUCUUAGUCACAUUUUUUAUUGUAAUAUGGAACAUAUAUUUUGGCUCAUAUCUGUAUCUUUCUCACAUAUUUUCUCAGUAUUGUUUUAUGCCUCACAUUUGUACAUACGCGUUUGUACAUAUCUUUGUAUUUUUGUUUUCAUAUCGAAUUCAGCAUAUUUUUUUAGCUCGAUAUCAGAUGGCAUUUGCACAUAUUUUAAGGUUUCAACUUUGUAUCUUUUAGUGCUGUAAUUAUCAAUUGCUGAUAUGUUUUUAUAUUUCACAUUUGCGUUGUCCUUU